AUGAAUGCAAUUCAGAGACUUUUGGCUUCCAGUCUAAGGAAAGGAAGGAUGCGGGUAAGAUUUCAAAGUAAUGAUCGACCAACCGUGCCUCUUGGAUCACGGAUUUUAACAGAUCCAGCAAAAGUUUAUGAACACAACAUGUGGGACCACAUGGAGUGGUCACAAGAAGAAGAAGCAGCAGCUAGAGAAAAAACAACUGAAAACUCAUCUGUGAGAGUGCAACUAGAAGACCAAGUCAAAUAUGAGAAUCAAGCAAGUAAAUAUUGGAAUAAUUUUUAUGAGAUUCAUAAAAAUAAAUUUUUCAAGGAUCGUAAUUGGCUGUUGAGGGAAUUUCCUGAAAUUCUUCCAGUUGGACUACAAAAUAAAGAAAAGAAGGAGAAAAUGUCUUGGGAUUUUGUAAAAACUGAUGCUACAGACUCUUUCUCAAAAACAAGCUGCCUGGACGUGCCUAAAAGAGUAGAAUCUUGUAAAAAUGAUUUUGGUGAUAAUUUUACUUAUAGCCAAAGCAAAAUAAGAUCUGGUGACAUCCAGCAUCCUAAAAAGAAGAAAGAAGAGGCCUCAAAGACCAAAUUGUUCCCUGGCAGCUGUGCUACUUUCAGAAUUCUAGAGGUUGGCUGUGGUGCUGGAAAUAGUGUUUUCCCCAUUCUUAAUGCUCUGAAGAAUGCUCCAGAGACCUUUCUUUACUGCUGUGAUUUUGCUUCUGAAGCCGUGGAACUAGUAAAGUCCCACUCAUCCUACAGCCCAGCCCAGUGUUCUGCCUUUGUUCAUGAUGUAUGUGAUGAUGGCUUAUCCUACCCUUUUCCAGAUGGGAUCCUGGAUGUCAUUCUCCUAGUCUUUGUACUCUCUUCUAUUCAUCCUGACAGGAUGCAAGGCGUUGUAAACAGGCUGUCCAAAUUACUGAAACCUGGAGGAAUGUUGUUAUUUCGGGACCAUGGAAGAUAUGAUCUCACUCAACUUCGUUUCAAAAAAGGAUGUUGCUUGUCUGAAAACUUUUAUGUUCGAGGAGAUGGUACCAGAGCAUAUUUCUUUACAAAAGGGGAAGUCCACAAUAUGUUCCAUCAGGCUGGGUUAGAGGAAAAGCAGAACCUGGUUGAUCGACGUUUACAAGUUAAUAGGAAAAAAAAAGUGAAAAUGUAUCGAGUGUGGGUACAGGGCAAGUUUCAGAAACCAUUGCAUUCAUUUCAUCAUAAUCACUCUGAUAAUCGUAUUCCUGGCAUUUCUGCUGGUUGAAGAGCAAAGCUAUUCUCUCUGUAAAUCAAGAUCACCCCAUGCAAAAGACUCUCCAAAAAUCAUUCUUGAAUAAGCAAGUAGAAGAUAGGAAUGGAAUAUCUACGUUUGUCUCUUUUAUUAUAGGUGAACCCUUCCAUUAAGCUUAUACACACAUAUUAUUAUGUAAUAUGGAAGUAGCCACCAUUUUUGGCAUUAAAAAAGAAGUAUGA